CCCACCGGAAGCAACAUGCUGCCAUUUUGUGACAUGGUGAAAGAAAGAAAAAAUUUAUUGAUGCAUUUUAGCCUAUAACAAGUGGAAUAAUGUUUUAUAUUUCGUAAAAAUGGAUGCAAAUACUAAUAUAAAGGAAUAAGCAUCUGGAAAACCUAGAAAAAAAACUAAUUUCUCGUAUCAUGGCCAAUCAUGUGCCAGCCCUUCCACCCGAGGAAGUUGGGUACAUUGCAGACAAGCUGGUGAAAGCUGAACGUCGGAUUGCAGCAUGUCCAUGGGAUACGGAAGCAUGGAGCAUCCUCAUCAGAGAUGCACAGAUGAAGAAGAUAGAGGAGGCACGAAUCAUUUAUGAGCGACUCGUGGAGCAGUUUCCUAAUGCUGGCAAAUACUGGAAGAUCUAUAUAGAACAAGAGUUAAAAUUGAAAAAUUAUGAGCGAGUUGAAAAGCUGUUUCAGCGAUGUCUUAUCAAGGUGCUCAACAUUGACCUCUGGAAACUCUACCUCAACUACAUCAAAGAAACAAAGGGAUCCCUACCAUCAUACAGGGAGAAGAUGGCCCAAGCAUAUGAUUUUGCACUGGAAAAAAUUGGGAUGGACAUCAUGUCUUACCAGUUGUGGAAUGAAUACAUCACAUUUCUCAAGUCUGUAGAAGCGGUGGGCUCGUAUGCCGAGAACCAGCGUAUCACGGCUGUGAGGAAGGUUUACCAGCGGGGGGUGGUCAAUCCCAUGAUUAACAUAGAGAUCCUCUGGAAAGACUACUGCAACUAUGAAAAUAGUAUAAAUCCGCUGAUAGCCAAGAAGAUGACAGAAGACCGAGCGAGGGAGUAUAUAAAUGCCCGUCGAGUGGCUAAGGAAUAUGAGGUUGUCACCAGAGGGCUGGAUCGAAAUGCUCCCUCAGUUCCACCACAGAAUACAGUCAAUGAAGCCAAACAGGUCGAUCUGUGGAAGAAGUACAUAGGAUUUGAAAAGAACAAUCCUUUGCGGACAGAAGAUCAUGCCCUAAUAACUAAGAGAGUGAUGUUUGCAUAUGAACAGUGUCUGCUUUGUCUCGGACAUCAUCCUGAUAUCUGGUAUGAGGCAGCUGCCUAUCUAGAACAGUCCAGUAAACUGUUAUCGGAAAAAGGGGAUGCCAAUGCUGGGAAACUGUUUGCUGAUGAAGCGGCUGCCAUCUAUGAGAGAGCCAUCUCGUCUCUGAUGAAACAGAACAUGUUGCUGUACUUCGCAUAUGCAGACUUUGAAGAAAGUCGCAUGAAGUAUGAGAAAGUACACAAUAUAUACAAAAAACUCCUAGAUAUACCAGAUGUUGAUCCAACUUUAGCCUAUAUUCAGUAUAUGAAGUUUGCAAGACGAGCAGAAGGUAUCAAAUCUGCUCGGUUAGUGUUUAAGAUGGCCCGAGAAGAUAAGAAGACAAAAUACCAUGUUUAUGUAGCUGCAGCUUUAAUGGAAUAUUACUGUAGUAAGGAGAAAAAUGUGGCUCUGAAGAUCUUUGAACUAGGUUUGAAGAAGUUUGGAGAUUUUCCCGAAUAUGCGUUAUGCUACAUUGAUUUUAUGUCUCACUUGAAUGAGGACAACAACACACGAGUAUUAUUUGAAAGAGUGCUCUCAUCAGGUCAAAUACAGCCAGAAAAAUCAACGGAGAUCUGGAGUAAAUUUUUAGCAUUUGAAUCUCAGGUUGGUGACCUGGCUAGUAUUCUCAAAGUGGAAAAAAGGAGAGCUCAAACUAUAGAGAAAGUGCAGGAAUUUGAAGAAAAAGAAACAGCAUUGUUGAUAGACAGAUACAAGUAUCUGAAUCUGUUACCUUGUUCAGAACGUGAACUACAAUCUCUGGGAUACUGGGACUUGGUUCGACACCAUGUGGUCCAGAUGCCACUGGGAAGUUUAAAAUCUGCCAAGAACCACCACCGGAAUCAGAUUGGAGACGAUGCCGAGAGUAGGCGACCACAGUACCCCAAACCAGAUGUCGAUCAGAUGUUACCUUUCAAACCAAAGGCCAUUGUCCAUAUUGGUGCCCACCCAGUACCUGGGGGAGUGUUUCCCCCUCCACCCGAGGCAGCCAGUCUAAUUACAAUUCUUCCACCUCCAGACUGCUUUCAUGGACCAUUUGUAGUAAUGGAAAAGUUUAUAGAACACAUGAAAAGACUGAAGAUUCCAGAAGCACCAACAAAUGUUCAAAAUGGUGUAGAUGGAGUAAUGAAGGUUGAUCCUGGAUCGCAGUACUCCAUCGACAUUCUGACAGGUGCGAAGAAGCGAAAACAAACUGAGGAGGAGAGCGAUGAUGAAAACAUGGAGACGCCAGCAGCCCCAGUAAAUGACAUCUAUAGAAGUCGGCAGCAGAAAAAGGUUAAAUAGUCCUCGUCGGUUGCUGAAUAUGUGGAGAAAUGUGCACAAAUUCUACACUCUUACAUACACUAUAACAUGGUCUGGUGUCAAAUAUUAUUAGCAACAAACUGAACCAAGAAUGAAUGCUUCAAAUGGCAAGGAUGUUGGAAUUUGCAAUGAAUGGUGGAAAGGGCCUACUGACAUUGCAGACGUUACACAGAUGGUCAUGCAUUUACUUUGUGAGAUGUUUUCUAAUUAAUGUUUACCAGUAAAAUAAAACAAAGAAAGCAACCGUGUGUGGUGCACGGAUCUUUUAACUUGCAAAAGUGGAAAUGCUUGAUCGUGUUAUUUACAUUGCAAGAUGUUUUUGUGUAAAAUAUUUACCAGCAACGAAGCAAAACAAGAAAGAAUGUUACAGUUGCAUGGAUCUGUUGAAUGUUCACUCAAGAUGUAUGACCUCUUGUUUUAUUUUUAAUAAUGGGAUUAUACAAAUCAGUACAUUCUUACAAAGAAGACAGGGCAGAACACAAAAACAUGCUAAUUAAAGAUUUAUGUUUUAAAAAAGAAAGCAUAACCUUUAAAAGUAAAGGUGGCAAAAUGACAUGGUCUUUGCCCUUCACUCAUCCUUGCUGAUGGUUUGGAAAAGGGGAGCACAGGAGUGAGUGAAAUUUUGAUAGAACUAAAAGAUGGCCAGUUUUUUUAAAACAUAUUCUAAAAUACUAUAUGAUUGACACCCAAUAGUUAUUAAUUAAACGGUAUACUCAGGUGGCAUUAUUGAAAUGAAUUGUGUUUUCUUUUGUCAGUGGUAUUCAUUACAAUUUUGCAAUAUAUUUUGCUGUACCUGCAAAUGUGGUGUUAGGAAUAUAUUUGGAAGCAUAUUCUCGAAUGGGUUCCCAAAACAUAAUUAUCACCAUUGUAAAGAAAACACUAGAUGCAGAUGUAAAAUAAAGAUCACUGGAAUUUAAGAUAUUGUUCGUUUUGGAAUGGUGCAGAGAAUAUUCAGUAGAUGCUAAAUGUAUAAGAGACAGCUUUUAAACAAAUUGUUUUAAGGGGUUAUAUAAUAUGUUUCACCCCCAUUUCCCGAAUGUAAUUACAUGUAUAUUUUUUCAGUUAUGUGUGUCAUAAAUUGUGUUAAAUCCAGAUUUUAGAUAAUUUUUGUAACAUUGAGCUUUUAACAGGGAUGCGAUACGCAUUUUAAAAUAAAAGUUGAAAUGGUCUUUAAAAAUUGGAAACCUCUAUACCAUACUUCAAUAAAUGUAAUUUUUUACAAUAUCAAAUCUAAGUCAGCAAAAUAUGUAACAGUUAUUUUACACACACAAGACACACAAAAAUUAUGAAAUCAGUUUUUGUUUUGUUUAAAAGCUGAAAAAUCCCUGUUGACAAAUUAAAAAAGGGGACUUUAUUAUCUGUCAGACUGAUGCAGUUUCAAAACCAGUUAAUCUUCACUUGUACAUUAUCUUAAAAAUGAUUGUAAACCUCAAAGCAAGUAUUGGGGAAGUCAAGAAAUGGAGAAUUCAUAAUCAAAAGAAUUUUUAUUAAAUUUACUGGUCGGGGUAAACCAGUAUGUUAUGCAGUGUGGAAUUCAAAUUCAAAUUUUAUGAAUGGUGCUGUAGCUUCUGGUUUUUUCCUCAUAAACACAUUCCCCAAUAUUAAUAUUAUUAUGUUUGGUUACCUUAUAAUUUGUUAACUUUUGACAAUAAAGUAAUUAAAACUGUUGAUCCUAGUUAUAAGGCAGAGUAUAAUGUUACAUAUUUCUUAUGUUUUGCUGCACAUUUUCCCCAAGUCCUGAUAUUUAUAGUAGCUCAAAAUUAAUUUUAAUGUGAAGCAAGAAAGGUGUGUAAAAAGUAAACUAUUGUGAAUUUAUGUUCAUUGUAUCAUUUUUGUUAUACCCAUUAAUUGAUAUCCAUUGUUUGUAACAAGGUAGCACCUCAUUUUUGUUCAUCUUAUACAUUGUACAUAUUCCUGAAUUAAGAAUAAAUGAGUACUAAUAUUGA